AUGGUGUCUUCAAGUUCAGUCAAGGCUAAGAAGGCGGGUGUCAGUGGUGAUGAUCUGGUUUCGUUCAUUCCAGCCAAGACAUGGCAAGGCUCCAAGCCUGGUUACUUUUUCGGGACUGUAAAGAAAACCGGGCUUGGGUAUCAUUUGGAUCCACAUCAGCAGAAAGAACAAACUACUAGUAGUGCUACGAAAGCUGCCAAUAACAAGCACAAGAUGGUAUCUCCUGUGGAUCUUCCUUCUGCGAAAAGAGCCAAGCGAUCUGUUGUAUUUGCGGAAGAUCAAAACACGGUCCGAACCAUUCCAUCCAAGAAUAACAGCAAUAACAGCACUCUACUGGAAGAAGCGGAACAAGCUGCCAAAGAAAAUCACACCAAAGUCAUUGAUUUGACUUCCAAAGGCGUGCAGAAUGCCAUUAAGAAUCUACAGAAAGCCAACGAGAAGAAUCAAAUCCAGCGAUCGCAGCAUCCGGACGAACCAGAGCUCUACAUGGACAGUGAAGUGGCGCUCUAUGAAGCCAUCGCAGCACUGCAGCCCAUUGCAGCGGAUCCUACCAAUCUGUAUCCUCCUCUCACAAACAACAAAAGCAACGACACUCUGUGGUCCGACACUUUCACGCAGCUUUGCAUGCACCCCAACGCGGACGUGGUUUCCACUCUUGUGGCACUGUUACUGGAACUAUUGGAUCCAGCUCUCUUGGACACCACACUGUCUUCUCAACAUGCAAGAAAUCAACCCGUCUUAUGUUUGGCCAAACUCACUCUACAGCACUUGAUGGAACUCAUUGUAGGCAAUCUCAAACGGCUACAGCAAACCACCGAAAAGCAAGAAGCGCAGGAGGGAAUUGGAAAGGGCGUCCAAGAUGUUCUAUCACUCAUGGAAAACUUGCUCGAAAUGGAUCUCACGCUCCAAACCACAAACGACAAUGACAAUCCUACUUUUCUCGUAGAUUCCGACGAUCAUUCGGUGGCUGCCAAACUCGUGAAAGAGACGCCCUUCUUAUCAUGGCUCUUUCUACAGAUUCAAGACAAUACACCCUCCAAAGAUCGUGCACUCGAAAUACUGGCCUUUCUUGUACAGAGAGAGGAAGUUCAUACCAUCCAUCCCAACUGGACCCAAUUACCCGCUUACAAAUCGGCCUUGGAGGAGGAGGAAGAGGAGGAUAAUAAUAAUGACCAAACAGAAAAACAGAACGACAAGACCAUUGACGGAAUGGAAAUAUUGCUCGUGAAUGGAAUUGCACCCUUUCGGAAACAACAACCCGCCAACGAAACCGAGGUCGAAGCACUCGAGAAUGCCGUCAUUUGCAUCGAAGCGGCCCUGACAUUUUCGCCACCCAACGUGCAGGCAUUUCUCGAUGCCCAAGGAAUCGAGCUGGUGUUGCGAUGUUUGAAGGAAAAAGUCCAUGCCGGAGGUGUGGCGCUCAAACUACUGGAUUUCUCGGGAAGUCAUGCCGUCUACCAAAAGGCGGCCGAACACCUCGUCGCACAAGCCAAUGGACUCAAGUACUUUUUCCCACUCUACAUGGGUCGGCAACUCCCCAAACCUGCCAUUCUCAGCUGGGCCAAGAAGAAUAACGACAACACUAAUAAUAAGAAGAAAUCCGCCAUUACCAAAGCCAAAAAGGAAUGGCUACACGCGAUGGACAAUCAAACCAUUCGGAUCCUUUAUGCCCUCACACGACACUUGACGGACAAGUCGCCACAAGAUGCCAAACAACGACUUCUGGCCAAAUUCCUCGACGACGACAAGUGCGAUCGACUCGUGGAGCUGCUGCUGUCAUACGAUCAAAAAGAACGCUUGGCCGAAUUCAAAUUCUGGAAAUCCGAUGUCGAAGAAGAACUCGAUGAUGCCCUGGCCAAAGAUGCCGCAUUGGAGGCCAAACUUCGAGGUGGCGGUGAUAUUUUUCAUCGACUGGGAGCCAUUGCCGGGUUUUGUUGUGUCGGAUCCAAACGGUGUCAUGAACGCAUCUUGUCGCAACUGUCCAUGAAACAGUCGGGAAUCGCCGUCGUCAAGGCCGCCCUGGAGGAGUUCAUUUCCGUGUUGGGAACGGGGAAUCCGCAAGCCGAACAGCUCCAGGUAUACUACGAUGGGAUUUGA